GGCAUUCAGCCUUAGAAGAGCUGGGCUGGUCGGUAGAGGCGAUUGUCAAGCCAGAGCCAUCCUCGCACCUGAAUGGUUUUGAGAUUCGCCGCGAGCUGAAUGAUGCACGCAGAGGCCUUGAACUCGACCCUGCGCGCCAAAAAGCUGAGGCUUUGGGAGCGGCAAUUGGCGGGCAUGCCUACCUCCGGACCAAAGAGAAAUGGGAAGCGACCGCCGUAGCAUGCUUUUCGCAAGCCCUGCAAACGGCGGGGGCGCUGCAG